AAUACAACUGCGGGAGUACUAUCUUCCCCAAAUUAGCAAGUCCUUACCUGUAAAAAAAAAAGAGAACUUUCUUUACCAAAUCCACUCUAUUUUCUCAAUUUCUUCUUUCUUUCUCUGCAACUUCCCCAAAAAGAGAUCUGCUGCAUUAUCAGCGGAGCCCAUUUCAGCUCCCUGCUUAGCAAAGUACAUAUUGCUCCCUCUUUUCUUUCACUAGGGUUUCCAGUAACCCCUCAUCGCUUCUUGCUUGUCUCCCUACUGACAUCGAGAUCUGCUCGUCCACUGUAUUCGUGUCUUGUUGUUCGUGAGAAGCGCGGGAUUCGAUGGGGUCUUAGAGCUCUGGUUGGUUGCAGAGGAUCUCGAGCUUUAGGAAUGGGGGCGGCGGGGAGCAGGACGGCGGUGUUCGGUUGUGUGAGUGGUUUUGGAUGAGAAUAUGCCCUUUUGGUGUUUGGAUGGGGGGCGGGUUUGUGGGCGAGGGUGCAAUCAGUCGCUUCUUCACCUUUUUUCGUCCCUUUCACAAUUUUUUUGAAAUUGUCUCUCGAUUUCUCGCCUUCUUGCUUCGAGGAGUUUGGGAGAUUUGAAGUAGCUGGUUUUCCGGGAUGAGGGUUUCUACGGCCGCCGCCAAUCCUCCGCCGCCGGAGGAAGCUGCAGGGGAGAAGAAAUGCUUGAAUUCGGAGCUGUGGCAUGCUUGUGCCGGCCCACUAGUUUCCCUCCCUCAGCUGGGAAGCAGGGUCGUCUAUUUUCCACAAGGCCAUAGUGAGCAGGUUACUGCAUCAACAAACAAGGAAAUAGAUGGCCAUAUACCUAAUUAUCCUGGCUUACCACCACAGCUCAUCUGUCAGCUUCACAAUGUUACUAUGCAUGCAGACAAUGAGACUGAUGAAGUAUAUGCGCAGAUGACACUGCAGCCCCUAAGUCCGCAAGAGCAAAAGGAUGUCUGCCUGCUUCCUGCAGAACUUGGCAUGACAAGUAAACAACCCACAAACUAUUUCUGCAAAACCUUAACUGCAAGUGACACUAGCACUCACGGAGGAUUCUCUGUGCCACGGAGAGCUGCUGAAAAAGUUUUUCCUCCGCUUGAUUAUUCCCAACAACCUCCUGCACAAGAAUUGAUUGCUAAAGAUCUCCAUGGGAAUGAAUGGAAGUUCAGGCAUGUCUUUCGUGGACAACCGAAGAGGCAUCUCCUGACAACAGGAUGGAGUGUGUUUGUAAGUGCAAAGAGACUCAUAGCAGGUGAUGCUGUCAUCUUUAUCUGGAAUGAACACAAUCAGUUGCUCUUGGGAAUUCGGCGUGCUACUCGCCCACAAACUGUCAUGCCUUCCUCUGUUUUGUCCAGUGAUAGCAUGCAUAUUGGUCUUCUUGCAGCAGCUGCUCAUGCAGCUGCUACAAGCAGCCGCUUCACUAUAUUUUACAAUCCAAGGGCUAGUCCCUCAGACUUUGUCAUACCUCUGGCCAAAUAUGCUAAAGCUGUUUAUCAUACACGAGUCUCUGUUGGUAUGCGGUUCAGAAUGCUCUUUGAGACAGAGGAAUCAAGUGUUCGCAGGUAUAUGGGUACAAUAACAGGAAUUAGUGAUUUAGAUCCUGCUCGCUGGCCAACUUCACAUUGGCGGUCUGUCAAGGUUGGAUGGGAUGAAUCAACUGCAGGGGAGAGGCAGCCUAGGGUUUCUUUGUGGGAAAUUGAGCCGCUCACUACUUUUCCAAUGUAUCCAAGUCCUUUCUCCCUUAGGCUAAAGCGGCCAUGGCCGGCAGGGCUACCUUCUUUCCCAGGUCUAAACAAUAGUGAUAUGCACAUCAGUUCUCAACUUUCAUGGCUGCGCGGCAACAUGGCUGAUCCGGGGAUUCAAUCAUUAAAUUUUCAGGGAUAUGGUAUGACACCCCCCUUCAUGCAACCAAGAUUCGAUGCUUCCAUGCUUGGCUUACAACCUGAGAUUUACCAAGCAAUGGCAACACUCGAUCCUUCUAAGCUUGCAAAUCAGCAUUCAUUUAUGCAGUUCCAGCCGAGCAUCCCAAAUGCUUCCUCAUCGCUUAUUCAGAGUCAAAUGUUGCAGCAGCAGCAACAAAAUUUGCUUCAGGGGUUUCAGGAGAACCAGCAGCAGCAGCAGCAAGCGAUAUCUCAAGCUCAGAUUCUACAGCAGCAAUUGCAGCGUAAGCAGUCUUUCAAUGAACAGCAGCAACAGAUGCAACAGUACCAACAAGACCAACAACAGCAAAAACUACAACAAAUGUCAAAGUCUAGUCUCACUAGGAUGAAAUCUCAGCCCCAACAGUUUUCACAUUUCCAGGCCUCAAGUCCUGCGGAUGUUCCUCAACACCAACAACCCUUUUCAGAUCUAUUAAUUGGAAACAAAGUUUUGAUUGCCAAUAACAACUCUUCUUUCACCCAGAGGUCGUUUUCUCAUGAAGAAGCUUCACAACUCCUCAACGUUCAUGAAACCAAUCCUUUAGCCACUCAACCCUCUAACAAGAGAAUUGCUCUUGACUCUCAGUUUUCGUGCCGAGGUAAUAGUCCAUAUGUAGUUUCACCUAAUAACACUAAGGUUUCUGACCAUCACACUUUUCUGCCACCCUUCCCCGGGAAAGACUAUCCCGAGUACAAUGCUCUCCUAGGGGUGAACGCAGACUCGUCAGUUUUACUGCAGAAUGGGGUUUCGACCCUCAAACAGAGUGGUGGUGGUGGUGGUGGUGAGAAUGGGUUGUUGAACAUGCCAUUCUCUAGUUGUGAUUUUACUAGUGGUGUUGGCACUGAUUAUCCCCUAAACACGGUGGAUAUGGCGACUUCUAGUAGCUGUAUGGAUGAAUCGGGUUUCAUGCAGUCCUCGGAAAACGUGGAGCAAACAAACCCACCACCUAACAGAACCUUUGUGAAGGUUCAUAAAUCAGGGUCCUACGGGCGCUCACUUGACAUCACAAAAUUUAGCAGCUACCAUGAGCUGAGGAGUGAGCUGGCUCGUAUGUUUGGGCUUGAGGGCCUUUUGGAGGACCCUGAAAGAUCAGGCUGGCAGCUUGUAUUCGUUGACCGAGAGAAUGACGUUCUUCUCCUCGGCGAUGACCCUUGGCAGGAGUUUGUGAACAAUGUUUGGUAUAUAAAGAUACUGUCUCCAUUCGAGGUGCACCAGAUGGGGAAGGAAGAUGGCCUUCAUCUUCUUCCCAACAAUCUCCAAAGGUUCCCGAAUGGCGAUGACAGCAGCUGUGAAGACCAUUUGAGUCAGAAAGCGGCAACUAGAAACAUGAAUGGAAUACCAUUGGGGUCUCUUGACUACUAAUGAUGAUAACCAAAUGGUUGAUUCAUUUAGCAAUCCUUCCCCGGCGUCAAGUGUACCAUAUAGUACCAACUGUUGUAUCUCUCUCUCCUCCCCAGGUAACCCAACCAAUCAGAUUGUAAAUUAUUGCUGUAAUUUGUUUAAUUCGCAUCGAGUUUGCGCCCUUGAAGUUAUGAACUCUACGAGUAAUCCCUCCUCU